AUGGAGCAAUCUUCUAAUACAAAAGAAGAAGAAGUUGAAGUAAGCAAUAAUACUUCUUCAGAAUUUGAUUCUAGUGACAUUUUUUCAACAAAUUUGAUUUUUCAUUCGAGAACAUCUCUUAUUGAAUGGACCAAAGAUAAAGGAAAGCAACAUGGAAUUAUUAUAGUAAUUAAGAGAUCUGAUUCAGGUGAAAGUCGAAAAGCAAGAAUUAAAUUUGCUUGUGAAAGGAGUGGCAGCUAUCGACAACAGAUGAAGACAAUUGAAGGAAAAAAGAGAAAAAUUGAUAGGAGAACAUCGACAAAGAAAUGUGUUAUGGAUUGCACUUACAAGACUAACAUGUAUCGUUUUCCUUUGUUAGAGAUUGUUGGAGUUACAUCGACUGAAUACACAUUCUCUAUUGCGGUAGAAAGUGCACAUGCAAAGCUAAAGAGAUACUUACGCUCAUCACAAGGAAAUUUUGAGACUUCAUGGUCUACAAUACAUAAUUUACUAGAGCUACAACACACAGAGAUAAAAGCGUCGUUUGAGAAAAGUUUGACGACUGUUCAACAUAAUUUUAAGCCUACAUUAUUCAAAGAAUUGAGAGGAUUUAUUUCAAGAUGUGCCCUUGAUAAGGUAUUUCAAGAGUCAAAGCGAGGUGAUUGGGUUGGAUUUGAUAUUCAUGCUUGUGGGUGUGUUAUUCGUCGCACGCAUGGAUUGCCAUGUGCCCAUGAGAUUAAUGAAUAUCAGUUAGAAGGACGAGUUAUUCCCUUAGCAUGUAUAAACUCUUAUUGGAGGAAGCUUGACUUGGUAAAAUCUACCAAAAAUGAAGCUAACGAAAUAAGUUGUGAUGCAGAGAUUGAAUUAUUUCUUAGACGGUUUCAAGAGGUCGAUAUUCCUACUAAAUUACACUUACAAAGAAAGUUAAGGGAGUUAGCUGAACCAUCAACAACUUUUCUUGUUGAACCAGAGGUUAAAAUGAAUACACGUGGUCGACCACCUUCAAAAUUUGAUCAUUCUACUCGUCGAGAUCCAUCUGCUUUUGAAUAUGUUUCUGCUAAAUACGAUAAAUCUUUUAUUUCUUCUAAUUUGAAUACGAAGAAUAAAGAUGUACGUCAGAACACUUCACAGCACUCACAAUCAUAUCUAAAGUCAUUACCAUGUGAGUUGAAACCAUACAUUCGUUUUGUUAAAGAUGUAGAAAGUGAUGGAAAUUGUGGUUUUCGAGCUAUUGCAGACUUGAUGGGCAUGGGUGAGGAUAGUUGGAUGCAAGUUAGAAAAGACUUAAAGAGUGAAUUAGUUUCUCAUAGAAAUGACUAUAAUUUACUUUAUGGUUGUCCUGAUAGAGUGGAUGAACUACUUCAUAUUUUAUCAUAUUUUAAGAGCUACCCAAGCUUUAAAUAUUGGAUGACCAUGCCUGAUAUGGGACACAUUAUAGCUUCUCGUUAUAAUGUUGUCUUAGUGCACUUAUCAAUACAACAAUGUCUGACAUUUUUCCCACUUAGAUCUAAUCCUUUGCCAGCUAUUUUACACAAAAUCAUUACAAUUGGUUUCGUCAAUAAUAAUCACUUCAUUGAGGUAUUCAUGCAAAAUAAUUCUCCAAUACCGCCCGUUGCUACUAAUUGGGUUAGGUACCACUAUUCAUGUGCAGAAGGAUGGCAAACUCCUUAUGAAGUACGAAUGAGAGUAUUUCGUGACUUAGUUGGGAAAGAAGUAGCAACACAAGAGACUAUUAAUUUAGAUACUCCAUAA